UUUGCAUGUAAAUAGCAACAAUACACAGCUUGAUAUUUCACGAUUCUGACGUUCAAUCAUCGCUAUUUUUUCCUGAUUUCGUCACCCGACAUUCGUUACUUGACACUCCUUAUUUCACACUUCAAAAGAAGGUGGUUUUUGAGAAAAUGACACAAGUUUGAUAGUUUCAUCAAAACUUUUCCUAAAAGUGAGUCCAGUCAGAGUUCCAAGAUGUAUCAAGGUGCGUUCGGCCAGAUCGCUCAAAUCAACGAUCAUUUGUUCCUUUGCGGAGUAAUGGCAAGAAAAAUGGACAGACUACGACAGCUCGGAAUAACUUCUGUGAUAAAUUGUACUAUUGAAAUAGCAAAUAUAAAAUGCCAUGAUAUUGAGUGCGUACAGAUUCAAGUGGAUGAUUUACCAACUGCUUCUCUGGGUCCGUAUUUCGAUCGUUGUGCAGACAAAAUCCACCAAGUGCGUCGUCGCGGUGGGAAAACCCUAGUCCAUUGUGUAGCAGGUGUGUCACGUUCUGCCAGCCUCGUCAUGGCGUAUCUGAUGAAGUAUCAGGGAAUGAAUUUACGAGAGGCGUACUAUUACACGAAAGCACGUCGCUCUGUCAUCCGUCCAAAUGUAGGAUUUUGGAAGCAGUUGAUCGAUUUUGAAAAGCGUCUACAUGGUGGUGCUAGCACGGUAAAAAUGGUGAGUUCACCGAUAGGAUUUAUACCUGAUGUCUAUAAGGAUGAAACAAGGAAUAUGAUGUACGGCCAUGGGGUGCAUGCAGGACACUCAACUUUUAAUCUGUUGCGAUAAUCUUGGAAAAAGAGUAGACAUUUUGAUGAGAUGAAAUGAAAUGUAAACAUUUAGGGCCAAAUUCAUAAAGGGUGUUUAAGGGUUAGACGUGUGUAACUUCUCUCUAAUCAGUUUCAGGGCCUAUUCAUAUCCUGUGAAGAUUUACAUGCAGGACCUGAACCUGUCUAUUCAGUAGUUAAAUGCUGUUUUGAGCUAAACGCCCUUUAUGAAUUUGGGCCUUUUAGUGUGAGAUUAUGAUAAGUUAAGGGAAAACUGGAAAUGAGUGAUAUUCCCUGUGACUGCGAAGUGGUGUUCCUAAAGUUGACAAUCAAUGUGGACAUCCCUGGGCAUGCAGUCAAAGGUUUAGGAAGAGGAUGAGUUGGUCUGGGAAGUGGAAAGUGGGAAGAAACAUGUCAUUGGCAUCGACCCGGCCAGGCGGCUGUUAACCUGGCUUUGGUAUUCAGUGCAAUGUACUGCUCUUUUGGCAGAAACCAGUUUGAAUGACACCGAGUUUAAGCAGAGAUCUAUCAAGAGGCUGGAAACACUGAUGGUACUUGGUGAGAUUCACAAUAGAGUUUUCUUCUAAAAAUCCAAUUAGGAGACACCAUUGUAUAUGUGUCCAUAAGAAAUUUAGAUCUGGCUACAUGUAUUAGUUGUGAUAGACCCCACAUAUUUUCAUGCAUCAUGCAUCAGUAAAGAGUUCUGAUUAUGAUCUAAGAGACGCUCUGUUGCCGACCAUGCUGAUUUCCCUACGCGAGGCUACUGUCUGAUUUGAUUGCUGCUUUUCCAAUAGACCCCGUAAAAUUGUCAUACAACAUCAUUAAAGAGUUCAGAUUGCCAAUUAGAGACGAUUUGUUGUCGACCUCGCUUAUUUCCCUGAUCACCCAAGCAGUGUUACCUCAUACAUUACCCUCAUAUCCUGUAUUCAUGGUGGCUGCGUCCCAGGGAUACUGUUAGGCUUGGCCAAGCAGAACAGAUGGCUAAGACGGAGAGUGACUACGGGAUUGAUUGGCCUAUCUUCUCACUAGUUGAGUAAGCGAAGCAACCUGAGAUCAAUGUCAAACCCAGCGAUUGCUGGUUUACCGUCAACGUGACAUAUUUUUGUCGCACAUUGCAGCAAUUAUAAUUGCAGUUGCAGCUACAAAAUUCAACCAUUCCCACAAACAAAAUAUGGUGCAUUCUGUCUGACAGAAUAGCGAUACAUCCAUGACACUAUGUCAUGGUAUUGAUAGCUCCUCCAACAUGUCAUAUAACCCCUGGAAUAACCUACCUUUCGGAAAAUGUGAGCGAGAUUUCCUGCACCAGAAAUUGCUGGAUGAAGUGCUCUCAGAGGAGUGUGAAAUUAAGUGGUGUGGUCGAUGAUGUGUCGUCUAGCUGGCUUAAGCCUGGGGUGUGACAAGAGGAACCAGUACCUACUUGUGAGAAAGCAAGGUUUUAGUCAGUAUAAUCAUAUAAACACUCUUCUCAAGUUUUUCAUCCCUUCGUGUGAGUCUUUUUGCUUUCUUACUCUAUCUGUAAUAUUGUAUCAAAAGGUUGUAAUUUCAUAUGAAGUAUCCCAGAAAGAUGUAUUCAAGAUAGUUAGUUUCAUGUACGUCGAAAACAUUAAUUGAUAACUUAAGCAAUGCAGCUGCAGUUGCUGAAUUCCAGUUAAAUUCUGUACAAAACUGUGAUAAAAUAUAAAUUGCUUUGAAACACAUACAUGUAAUGCAAGUAUCAAUUCGUGUCUUGUACCCCCCCCCCCCCCUCCUCAAGGGUACGACACCUUAUCACCCUAUAACGACAUCUUAAGGCUCAAGCAUCACCCUUUUUUCACCAAUGCUACUUUUUCUUUCGUCAAGACAUCACCAUCAACAAUAUAUCAGUUAUCACCAUCAAAUAAAGUAACCGGACUAAUUUUACUGGCUAAGGCUGUAUGUUCGACAAGACAUCGACACAUUAGCAUCCUUAUUCUUUCCAGCUUUGCCAAAUUUUCACUAAAGGAAAAAUAAAUACUACUCAAGCAUCGGCAAAGAUUAGUGGUGAUAGCUUAACUACCCUUGAGGAGGGGGGUACAAGAAACGAAUUGAUACUUGCAUAAGUCAUGCACGCACUGACAAUUUUGAUGGUUUGCGUACUAGUAUUAGUAUUUGUAUAUCUAUUAUUUAUAUCAGCAUCUAUGCGUACAUUGAAUUGAAUGACAUAUAUUUUCCAAUUGUGUUACUGUUCAGUUGUUAUCAAAAGCCUAUGUUGAUUGCUAUUGUUCGUUGCUAUAAACAGAAAGUGUAAUUUCUCAAGUACUUGGUCAAACUUCAUAUAAUUUUCGUCAGUUUUUAUACGUUAUUAAUUUGAAAACUGAAAGGUAUAGUCAUGAAUUUUUCUCUCUGCUAAUUACCUAUGCAUCAAUGGAUCAGUUAAGUGCCUUUACGUAUGAUUUCGGGACCAAGUGCUUCAAUGUAUGUUGCUCAAUUUCAUCAGUGAUUGGAUUUGCUGGGCAUUUUUUUAAACGCUGUGUAAAAUCUGUGUAGAGGCUAUUUAUCAAACUUGUUGCAAAUGGUAACAGAAUUUAUCACCCCCCAUGUGACUUUUGAACUGUGAUGCUGUCCGCUGUCUUGGGCAACUCGCAUGCACAUUUUGCUGGGUGGAAGAUUCAACGCCCCCACCCAGCAGUGAGCUACUGCACAUUCCCAGGUGUCCAAAUGACGAUUCUGGCGGGAAGGAUCUAUUAGAUCCCACUAAUUGAACAAUUAGGGUGAAGGGCAUGCCAGUUCCUUUGGAACACGAUAUUCGUUUUGUAAAAGGCUCCAUGUGACGUCAUUUAAGUUUCCGAUUAUCAUUUGCUGCAAUGACUCAAGGGUUCUACAGUAUUUGAUUAGGGAGUUUGAGAACAGCAUUUUAUCAAGGAUCCUAAUAUGUAGGCUAUACAAAUAAAACUCUGAAGAAAGAGCCCCCCACUUCACUGAUGUUCUCAACAGUUUGCAUUGCCAUGCCAUCUAUUGUUUCAAAAAUGUAUUCAGAAUACCAUGAUAUGAUAUGAUCUGAUUGGAAAUCAGGGAGAGCACCCUAUGAACUCUUCAUUUACAUAGGGACGACAUAGAUUGGAUCCUCAUUUUGAGGAUGGGAAGGUAUUUGAUCAUCCGCACUCAAUGUUAACCCUGUAGUGACGAGAAAAAUUAGUCUUCUGUCUGGUCGAUUCAUAGCAUGGUGAAAUUAACAAUAUUGUUAAUCACCUGGACAGCGGGGAACAGGGUUCACAUCAACCACUGCAUAAUGAAAUGAUACAUUCGCCGCAAAUCCUAUCUUCUGUGUGACAAAAGGCUAAAUCAUGAAAUGAAAAUUAUAUAUAAACAUAUGUGCUCUGGUAGCAAUUGGAAUAAAUAUGGUUUGAUU